AUGGUUGAGGUUUAUAAAAAAUAUAAUACCGAUUUGUCUGCGGUGUUAGGCCAAUAUGGUCAGGCUGCAAACGCAACCACAAAAAUGAUUUUUGUUAACCGAUUCAAAAAAAUUGGGCUAGCGUCGGGCAAAAUGUCCGUCGGUAGUACGCAGAAAUUCUGUUGUAAAACAGUUGUUGAGAUUUCAUUAGAAGAAUUGGAACAGGUGCUUGAAGCUCUGCCCAAAUGUUCAAAGCAACCGGGCAGUAUUAAUUAUUUUGAAUUGGGCGAAUCCACAACGUACACAGGCGAUGUUCUGAAGUUGGUUCUGAAAGGUAGCGAGUAUGGUGGUCUCAUGUUAUGUAAAUUGAAAAAAGUGGGUCUUCCAGAUUCUUUCACCAUCGACGACGACAAUCCAGAUCCCGCACCCCUGGCCGAAAGUCCUGUGGAUGAGCUUCAAGAGGAAUGGUCAGAAUGUUUUGAAAAAUUUUUUAUCAGCAAGAAUGAAGACUGGAGUCUUUUCGCCAAGAAACUUCGUGAUUUCUGGCACGAUAUAACCACCGUAUGGAAUGACAACGGCGCAGAACCCGCCACAGCUGAACCACCAUCCACAUCCACGAGCGUUAGAACGUCUCCCCGCAAGGUACCUCCAACACCGGCCAAACCCGGGAAAAAAGCAGGAAAAUCGUCACCGGUAAAGAGAAAACAACCGGCUAGUGGUGGUGACAAGAAAAUUACCAAGAAAAAGAAGCCAACAAUUGUCGAGUCAGACAGCGAGUGGAGCGACGAGGUGAGUGUGAUUUCUGUUGAUUCCGAUUCUGAUUCCGAUGACUGCCACAUGUAUUUUGACACCCGAAACAAUACAAUUUCGCCUGAACAACAACGUAUGUAUAUGCGGGAAAUGAUGCUUUCAUCCGAAUUUAAAAAUGCUAUGGAAAAUUUGGUUCGAAAGUUAAAAAUAACACAUCCCGAAAAAUUCAAAAAAAGUAAAAUAAUUGGUACUAUUAAUACUUGA